AUGACGUCGUACGUGACGCUGCCAUCAUCAAACAUGGCUGACGAAGAAAACACAAACAUGGAAGUCGAUAAGGAAAAAAAUAAACCUUUUGCUAACUCAGUUAAGCCACUCGUGGACGAGGUUACACAAAGAAUAGGCAGCCAGAACAAUGUCAAAGGGAAGAAAGACGCCGGUGAAUGCCGUGCCACAACGGAAUACUGCGAGAAGCUGCAGGGGUGGAUGUGGCAGUACUACACUGGAUAUGUCAACUGGCAGAGCUGGAUGGCAGCGUCAGCCAUGUACUGCCCUUAUUAUUUACAGUCAGACAGUGGGACGUCGACGUCACAGCUUGAUAUCAACUCUCAGAGCUGGUAUAAUGGUCCGUUUGGGCUUCCGAUGUCGCCCUAUCCACCUGCCGCCACCUCCCGGGCAGGUGAAGCCGCUGGCGGGGCUGCAGUGGCCGCACAGCCACAGCAGCCGCCGCAGGAGAAUGGAAAUGCACAGAGACCAGGUCGGGAGUAUGGCAUUCCUUCACCUCUCCAAAGACUCCUGGCUGAGAUGGUGGAUUUCUUCAUACUGUUUUUCAUUAAAGCAACCAUAAUCAUCAGUAUUAUGCAUCUGAGUGGAAUCAAGGAUGUUUCCAAGUUCGCCAUGCAUUUCAUAGUGGAGGAAAUAGAUGAGGACACAUCGAUGGAGGAGCUACAGAAAAUGAUGCUUGUUGCACUUGUGUAUCGGAUAUUAGUGUGUUUUUACGAGAUUGUGUGCAUUUGGGGAGCAGGAGGCGCCACUCCAGGGAAGUUUCUCGUUGGACUCAGAGUUGUUACAUGUGACUCAUCAGUUCUGGUUCAGCCUAACAGGGUGCUUGUAGUGCCAGCAAAUAAUGUCUCUUUGUCUGCAUCAAUUGUUCGAGCCUUGAACAAGAACUUUUCAAUCGCCUUCUUUUUCCCGGCUUUCAUCACACUUCUGUUCUUCCAGCACAACAGGACUGUGUAUGAUAUGGUAGCUGGUACAAUUGUUGUUAAGCGUUCCAGGAUCAGAUGACGCAGAAGAACCCAGAAGAGAGUCCUACAUUAAUACUGAGCAGGCACUGUGUGUGUUUAAAAAAGCCUUUUUAAGCUAUCGUCAGAACGUACAGGAGCAUUACGUUGGUUGCAGAGAGUUUGAUACACAUCAGUAUGAACUAUUUCAAUUCCCUACAACUUGGGUUUGGUUUGUCUCGGACACAGACUGUAUUUCUGCAUGUGUUUCUACAUGCUGCUUUCAGAAACUGUUCCUGUGCCAAAUUGAUGUCUCAUUUGAAGACAGGAAUAAUGAUGGCAUAUGCCACCAUUUGAUUAACACAACAUUUGCCUCUUUUUAAAUACUAAUCUUCCAGAUUAAGGGUGAAUGUCUCAUGUCACUCAGUAUUGAAGUCGCUAAUCAUGCAUUCAUGAGAUUAUACCUCCAGUAUCUCUUUGUAUUACAUUUUCUUUCUUAAGAAUUGUAUGCCCAGACUUUUCAAUUUUGAGUCAUUGACCUUGGUAUCGGCAGGAGUGAUGCUUUAUGAUUAUGUUUUACAGAUGGUGAAAUGCUGUGGUUUUAAGGCACAUUUAAUUGUAUUGAAAGGAAACGUAAACCGUGCUCACAAUUGCUCUUCCUUUUACUCUGACAGCAUGUGUGUGACUGAAAAGUUAACGUAUGACACAUUUUAUGUGAUUAACAGUUUUUGCAUUUAAUAAGAUUAAAUGAAACCACCACUAUGUCCCUGCAUGUUUUGAGAUGUCUGUCUUUUAGCAGUUUGUCUGCUAUUUGAUCAUUUUCACAAUGUUUUCGUACUAAUGAAUUGAUACCUUUA